GGGCGCACGCACACACCGAGGCGCACGCACACAGAGAAGCGCGCACAGACACGGUGCGCUCCUUCGGCGGAGGCCAGAUGUUCUUCUCCUAACCUGGAGAGAGCGGUCCCGGCCUUGGGGCCGGCCCCGGAUCUCCCGCAGCCCUCCAGGAGCUCGGGUCCAGGAUGGGGCCGCCCCCGGGCUCCCCGCCGUCCCUGCUGCCCGCCGCCGCCCUCUGCCUCCUUUCCUGCCUGCUGUCUGCACCUCGGGGCCACGCGUGCCCGGCGGGCUGUGUGUGCGCGGACUCCCAUACGGUGGACUGCCGGGCCCGAGGGCUGCCCAGCGUGCCGAGCGCCUUCCCCCUGGACGUGCGGAAGCUGCUGGUGGCCGACAACCGCAUCGAGGCCAUCCCGGCUGACUUCUUCAUCUUCUACGGCGACCUGGUCUACCUGGACUUCCGAAACAACUCUCUGAGCUCGCUGCAGGAGGGGGCCUUCAGCGGCUCCGCCAAGCUCAUCUUCCUGGACCUGAGCUACAACAACCUGACCGAGCUGGCCGCCGGCACCUUUCGCUCGGCCGGGAAGCUGCUCAAGCUCAGCCUGGCCAACAACCGGCUGGCCGGCGUGGACGAGGCCGCCUUCGAGAGCCUGGAGUCGCUCCAGGUGCUGGAGCUCAACGAUAACGACCUCCGGAGCCUCAACGUGGCCGCCCUGGCCGCCCUGCCCUCCCUUCGGACCCUGCGCCUGGACGGUAACCCGUGGCUUUGCGACUGCGGGUUCGCCCAGCUCUUCUCCUGGCUGCAGGACAACGCGUCCAAGCUGCCCAAGGGCCUCAGUGAAAUUCAGUGCUCCCUGCCCAUGGAAAACAGAAGAAUAUUCCUGCACGAGUUGUCCGAAGCCAGUUUCAGUGAGUGCAAGUUCAGCCUCUCCCUAACAGACCUCUUCAUCAUCAUCUUCUCAGGCGUGGCCGUGUCCAUCGCCGCCAUCAUCUCCAGCUUCUUCCUGGCCACCGUGGUCCAGUGCUUCCAGAGGUGUGCUCCCAACAAAGAUACAGAAGAUGAAGACGAAGAAGAAGAUGACUGACCUGGAAACUCCUCACACUUAAUGUCUAAGGACUUAAGCCAGGAACCGUCUUAGAGAAAAGAAGGGAAAAUGGGGGCAACUGGAAAGUUUUGUCUGCCAUCAGCACAAGGUCAACAAGACCUUUCUCACUCCUCUAGACCUUGAGGUCUCAGACCCUGUUGGCAGUGGUUGAAGAAUUUUAUUCUCAGGACUUAGAAGUCAAAAGAAAAUGAGGGACUCAGGAAACAGUAUGGGAACCAUUGCAUUGUUGCCCAGUCUCUAAGAAAAGCCAUGCCCUGACCUGGGUCUGCAAGGAGAGAGAGCAAAGGUCAGAGCAGGCUUUCUGCCUGAGGAUGAGGAGACCCAACCAGGAAAUAAGAAAACUCAUAGUCUUUGACUAGAAUAAUGAUUUGAGUUCAUUCAUUUCUCACUGACCUUACUGGGGUAUUAGCCAUGAUGAGGUGAGACCAAAAUAUUUUCCACCUCCCAAGUGACAGUUUGGGGUUCAAGUCCAGAACCAGACUGAUUAAAGAACUGUGGUUUGUAGUCAUGAAGUGAUGGGUUUGACUCCUGCCUCAGACACAUACUAAAUGUCAGUGGAUCUCCCUAAAUUUCAAUUUCCUCAUCUGUAAAAUGGGGAUGAUCACAGCUCCUACCUCACAGGGUUGU